AUGCAUGAACUGAUCUCGUCUUCCGCAACCAUGGCAUGGCCCCACCCUUUUUAUCUGUGUGUACCUCCCUUCUUGCAUCCUCCCUCUUGCUUCAUCGACCGGGACGCGGAUCUGGGCGAGGAGCUGGGCAACGAGCGGCCGUCGGCGCACCACCGCAUCCGUUGCCUUAUCAACCCCCCGUUGUACCUCCUUCUUGCCAUCCCCCCCCCCCCCUCAGGCUUCAUCGACCGGGACGCAGAUCUGGGCGAGGAGCUGGGCAACGAGCGGCCAUCCGCGCACCACCGCACGCUGCUGCGGCGCAACGAGGAGGAGGAGGAGGUGAACGAGGAGGACUACCAGCGGUUCCUGGAGGAGCGGUAUGCGCGCAACGAGGUGCCCGAGCUGGGCGAGGGGGAGGCCACGGAGGUCGAGCAGCAGGCGCUGCUGCCGUCCGUGCGCGACCCCAAGCUCUGGAUGAUCAAGUGCGAGCUGGGCCACGAGCGCGAAGCGGUGGUAUCGCUGAUGCAGAAGUGUGUGAACCUGGAGGCACUGGGGCAGAACCUGCAGAUCAAAUCCGCCAUAGCCCUGGACAACCUCAAGGGGUGCGUGUACGUGGAGGCGUACAAGGAGGCCUACGUCAAGGAGGCGUGUGCAGGGCUGCGGCUGCUGAGGGCGUGGAAGCCGGCGCUGGUGCCGAUAAAGGAGAUGGCGGGCGUGCUGACGGUGGAGCAGAAGUCGGUCGACCUGGAGGAGAACAGCUGGGUGCGCGUCAAGAUCGGGCUCUACAAGGGCGACCUCGCGCUGGUGACGGACGUGGACACAGUGAAGCAGAGGGCCACCAUCAAGCUCAUUCCCCGAAUCGACCUCCAGGCCCUGGCUCAGCGGCAGGACAACAAGCCUGUGGUCAAGCGCAAGGCUCGCCCUGCCCCACGGUUCUUCAGUGUUGAUGAGGCCAAAAAUUACGGCCUCCGACCCAUGGUGACGCGCCAUCGCACCACGGGAGAGCACAUCCAAUCCAUAGAAGGCAUGCAGUUCGUCGACGGCUAUCUCCUCAAAGUGGUCUCCAUUAAAUCCCUCGACACCCGCGGGGUCGUCCCAACUCUAGACGAGCUUCAGCGCUUCCAGCGCGCAGCAGGGGACGGGGAGCGGGGGGAGUAUGGUGCAGGAGGAGGGGGGUUGGGGAGUGGGGUGGGGCCGAUGGGGCUGUCUGCAGAGCAGGCGAAUCGGCAGAGGGGGCGGCUGGUGAAGGGGGACGUGGUUGAAGUGGUUGAGGGCGAUUUGAAGGGGUUGAAAGGGCGCGUGGAGAAGGUGGAUGACGAUGAGGUUAUCAUUCGGCCGCACCAUGACGAGCUCAAGGACCUGCUGCCAGUGAAGGAGUCGCAGCUGCGCAAGUUCUUCCAGACAGGCGACCAUGUGAAGGUGGUGGCGGGGCAGAACGACGGGGUGACGGGCAUGAUCGUGAAGGUGGAGGGGCACAUUGCCAUCGUGCUGUCAGACACGUCUCGAGAGCAUGUGCGGGUAUUCACUCGUGACCUUAUGUCUAGUUCAGAGGUGACUGCGGGUCCCUCUCAGAUUGGAGACUACGAGCUGCACGACCUGGUGCUGCUCGACCAAACCACGGCAGGUGUGAUAGUGAAGGUGGAGAAAACCGGCUGUGUGGUGCUGAAGGCCACUCCCGAGCGCAGCGAAACCGUGGCGGUGAAACUCCGAGAGAUCCGGCGCAAGAUGAAUAACCGGCACGUGUCGGCACACGAUGCAGAGGGGCUGCCGGUGGUGGCAAAGGACCCAGUGCGCGUGGUGGAGGGCACUUACAGGGACCGGCGAGGCACGGUGGAGCACAUUCACCGCAGGGUGCUGUUUGUGUUCGACCGCCACCACGUGGAGAACGGCGGGUUCUUCUGCGUUCGCGCUCGGUCUGUCAGAUGCCUCACUGCUAAGGCUGCUGCUGCACCUGGGCGCAACUCGGCAGGUGGCGGCGGCGGAGGAGGAGCCAUGGCACCGUUCGACCGGCGGUUCGGUGGAGUGAUGCAGUCACCGUCGCGCUUCCUGCAGUCACCGAGGAACUUCCCUGGUAGUCCCAGCAGACAAGGCGGCGGCAGAGGAGGAGGCAGCCCCCCUCCUGGCGCGUAUGGGGGAGGGCGGAUGGGGAACAGGCGGGAGAGUGGCAUGGUGGGGCGCAUUGUGAAGAUACGAGCGGGGCCUUAUAAGGGGUACAGAGGCCGGGUGCUAGAUGCCACUGACACCACGGCGCGGAUCGAGCUCGAGUCCCAGAUGAAAGUCGUCACAGUGCGGAGGGAUCAACUACCUGAUGGAGCACCAGCAGCAGGACAGCAGCAGCAAUCACCUGCACCGUACAGGGAGUCGCCGCGUUUCAGGGGUUCGCUGGGCAGCGAGACGCCUGUUCAUCCGUCGCGCACGCCCAUGCACCCAGGCUUUGGCGGCCGGGGCUUCGACCCCUCUGCCACACCAGUGCAUGAGGGCAUGCGCACGCCCAUGCGAGACAGAGCCUGGAACCCCCAUGUGCCCACCACUCCUCUCAGGCCCGAUUCGUUCGACGAGGCGAAUCCGUCCACAUGGGGCUCAUCGGGCAGUGAUGCUCCCUUCCUGCCCUACACUCCUGCCUUCUCGCCCGCCGACAUUGCCGCCUCGCCGCCGCUCCCUGUUCAUGAUCCGGGUACGCCAGGGGAUCUGCGUUCGGCCUUUGAUAUUCCCACGCCUGGCAGCCAAGCCGGGCCCAACUACAACCCCUCCACGCCCUACGGCGAGGCACCGAGCCCGUACGCGGCGCAGACGCCCACAGGCCAGCCUCUCACGCCCUCGGCUGCCUACAUUCCCGCCACGCCUGCUGACUCUUCGCUGCCCAUGACCCCUGCUGACCCCAACUCGCCCGCCAUUGGUCAGUUUCUACCCUUCCCACCCAUUCUUGUCUCCUCCCAUUCGCUCCGUUUCUCCUCCCGUUCCUGUCCCAAGCCCUGA